AUGUCGGAAAUGCGUGGUUCUCCGCCUUUAUCGAGAGCUUUGGAAGGUGGUUUUGGAGCGCCUUUGGCUGCGUUGAGUUCUUUGGCAGAGGCACCUCCUCCAGCGCCAAACCCACAUGGAAUCGACCAUAUCUUGUCAAGACCGACAAUUGGUUCAAACGUUGGCGCUGGGCUACUAACGCCAAGGUUGUCUUUGGCGGCCGCGGCUGCAGGCAUGGCGCAUUAUUUGCAACACAAACCGCUAUAUUGGCCUGGUUUCCAAGGGCUGGUUUCCAAUCCUAUGGCCUGGAGGGAGAGGUUACAGUCAAUGAGCAACGGCGGGUUCAGCGCGUGCGCGGGCGGCGCCAUGGACAAAGACGGCAAGAAGAAGCACACGCGGCCCACGUUCAGCGGGCAACAGAUCUUCGCGCUGGAGAAGACCUUCGAGCAAACCAAGUACCUGGCGGGGCCCGAGCGCGCAAAGCUGGCCUACGCGCUCGGCAUGACUGAGUCGCAAGUCAAGGUAUGGUUCCAAAACAGAAGAACAAAAUGGCGGAAAAAGCACGCCGCAGAAAUGGCGACCGCUAAACGCAAACAAGAGGAACUAGGCGAAGAAUGCGAUGAACAAGAAACACACGACGCUGAUGGCUGCAGCGACGAGGAGGAAGCCAAACGGCCCCGUCUAGACUUACACCUACACAUGCCGCACCAUCGACAGUGA